GCAGGUACAAGUACCUCCUGCGGCAAGAUUCGGCUCCGGCCUCGGUGUGGAGGGUGAGGGGGCGGCAUUUGAGGCGGAGCCCGCCGGGGUGCUUCACAUCUCACUUCCCACGCGCCGUGCUUGGGGGCGGAGCCUCGGGAAGAGGCGGGGCGGGGCGGAAUCUCAGAGGGGCAGUCUCGGCCCGAAAGAGGCAGUGGCAAGUGGGGAGGAACGGGACCGCAGAGCGAGCGGAGCCGGAGCCAUGGUGGCAGCGGCGGAGAGGGUUUAUUACAGGUUCCUAGUGCUUUUCUUCAACUGCCUCUUGACUUUUGGCUCUUACUUCUGCUUUGAUAUUCCCGGUGUCCUGCAGGAGCAGUUUCAAGGGAACCUAACCUGCCCCAAUGGAACCCAGCAUAAUGACACUGGACAUAAUGGCACAUUGGCCUGUGUGGAAGGUCUGGGGAUGACGCCUGCACAGUACAACCUGCUGUAUGCAAUCUAUGCUUGGACGAAUGCGCUGGUGGUGAUUCUGGCUGGAUUCCUGAUUGAUAAACUGGGAAAUCACUUUGGUGUCUUUCUUUUCUCUUUCCUUACUGUCUUGGGAUCGUCCAUCUUCGCUCUGGGCUCUCACUUCAAGGGAACUCCGUACCUUCUGCCGCUGAUGCUGACAGGACGGUUGCUGUUUGGAUCUGGGAAUGGGUCACUUACCAUUGUGCAGAAUCGCAUCACUGCCUUCUGGUUCAAGGGGAAGGAACUGGCCUUGGCAUUUGGACUGACCCUCUCCUUCUCCCGGCUUGGGAGUGUCCUCAACUUCUUCUUCACCCAGCGGUUUGAGACCCACUUUGGUAUCCAGUGGACGCUCUGGGGAGGUACCCUGCUCUGUAUGUUGGGUUUUAUUUCAGCCAUCACAGUCAGCGUGCUGGACAAAGUGGGCAUGAAGCAGCUUGGCUUGGAUGGGGUUAUCCAGCAAGAGUCCAAGAAAGUGCGAGUUCAGGAUGUCCGGCGACUGCCACUUUGCUACUGGCUCCUAGUCCUAACCAUCAUGUUCUUCUACAACGGGGUCUUCCCUUUUGUGGCAGAUGCCAGCAAGUUUAUCCAGGAUAAGUACUCUGGCUACAGUCAGCAGGCAGCCGCUUACAUUGCUGGGGCGGUAUACGACAGCUCCCUUGUUCUCUCUGCAGCAGUUGGCAUAUUAAUCGACUAUGUAGGAUUGAGAGGUGUGUUUGCAGUUGGUUGUGCUGUGCUGACUCUGCCUGUCUUUGCUCUCCUGGCAUUUACAUUUGUUCCUCCGCUUGUCUCUACCAUCUGGCUGGGGAUCACUUACUCCUUUGCUGCUGCGAGUCUGUGGCCAUCCAUACCCCUUGUGGUUCCCCAGGCAACGUUAGGUACAGCUAUGGGGCUGGCAACCUCUGUGCAGAUGAUUGGAAUUGGCCUCUCCAAUCUGAUCGUUGGACACAUUCUGGGAACCAAGUCCAGUGAACUAAAGAUCCCAGUAUGGCGCUGGCAACAGAUGAUGAUCUUCAUGCUGGCAAACACCAUUGCAUGCAUUACUGCCUCUGUUAGCCUCAACGUGGUGGACAAGCAGCAGGGUGGGACACUGAACAGAGCAACAAAGCGAUCAUCUGCAGAACAGGUCAGACAGCCUGUAGACACAGCACCGCUCCUGGAUGAAGUGGGAAACGAAGGGUUCAUCAACUAAGAAGCAUCAGGAUGCCCUAUUUUGGAUCCUACAGUGACAGAGUACAACUACAACUAGUUGUUGGCACAGUAUUGUCCCUCUUUAUUUCCAAUUGUAUGCUUUUAAGGAAUACAUUGUAAUAUUUUUAGUUUUUUUUUUUUAACGAGGGUAACCUUAUUCAGUCAUCCAUGAAAACAAGCUGGUGUAUGAAGGGAAUUAUGCAUAUGAAGGGAAAGUUGUUUUGUUCCUUGUGUCUGGAACAAAUCAGCCAUAUGGUACAUUAAGCCAAUGAUGAAGCUUAUGUGGUGCACUUUUUGAAAUGGACUACACUACAAUGUUUAGAGUCUAAACUCAAUCCACCUGAAGUUUGUUCUAAGCAACUAUAUACCAUCUUAUAAUUCACCUUAAUUCAUCAUUAUAAAUGUGUCAAUGUAAGGUAUUUCAUUAAAAUAUCACUGCACCUUCACAGAAAGCUCCUCAUGCAGUGGUGUGAAUGGGUUGAGUAGCCUUCCAUUUCAAUAAUUGCUGUUGAUUGUCAAUGUCCUUUCACAAAUUCAUUGUGUGUAAAUAAGAUUGCCACUUUGUCCUGCAGAGGCUGUUGGGAUUGUUUUACUUAUUUUAAAUUGGCAAGACCAAUUAUUUGAAAACUAGCCAAACUUUUUGCUUAACACUCCCACAAGCUGCAUUAUUCAGAUACAGCAAUGUUACCUUCAAAUUGUAUGAAACUGUUGAUCAAAAAUAGUAAAUAAACCCCCUUAAAACCUGAUCUUAUACUAGCGAUUGUCAAUGCAUAUUGAUCAUUGACUUGUACAGAUAUGUAAAACAAUCAUCUUUACUAUGCAACCUCUUGAAUGGUACUCUUUUAUAAGCAUUGAGGAUGAUGCAUCAAGUGUAUGUUAACUCUUCUUUUUGCGGAUACAGACUAACACGGCUGUUACUCUGAAACUUGUUAACUUAAUUGUUAAACAGAGCUGAGAGCAACCACUUGAAAGAUGAUUUGCUAAAAAAAAAUGACAGAUAUGGAAUUUGCUGCUUGUACAUGGUUAAACAAUUGCAGAGUAAAAUUACUAACUUCUGUAUUCAUGUGAGAACAGAAGGUGUACUGAUGAGUCCAAUAAAGUAACCUUUUCUAAAGUAA